CCGGCCCUGAGGGCGGGCCGCGCUCCCGCCGGGCCGCGCGGGGCGCUGCAGGCCGGGCCGGGCCGGGCCGGGGCAGUGCGGCCAUGUCGGCAUCGCUGCUGCGCCGCGGCCUGGAGCUGCUGGAGCCGCCGGGCCGGGCGAAGGCGCCGCCGGGACUCCAGCGCGGCCGGGCCGGGCCCAGGGCGGCGGGCGCGGCGAGGCGGAGGAAGAGGGCCCUGGAGGCCGGCAGGAACAAGGCCACGGUGAAGGGCAGAGUGGUGAAGUCGGCGAUAGAGGAGUACCAUAAGAAGAAGCCUGUGAAUCACCUGAGAGAAAACCUGCGGUACAUGUUAAAGGGACGACUUGUUGCAGACAAAGCCGUCACAGAACAAGUUCUUGCUCAGAACAGAGGCAGGAAGUCCAAAGAUCAGCCUCCAGAGAAGAGAGAAAAGAAGAAGCCAGAAGGCACUGUGUUCACUGAGGAAGAUUUCCGUAAAUUUGAGAGGGAAUACUUUGGGAUCCCAUAGACAUUGUGACAGGGAUUUUGCAGCUCCAGUCUUUCUGCAGCUUCUCCAGUCUGGCUCUGAGGCCUGGGCAUUUCCUUGGCGUGUUUGAGAUGGCACAUGGGGCAGGUGCCUCUGUGCUGGACUUGCAGAGCAGCUCUGCACGUGGGCAGAGCUUGUCACUGGCCAGAUAAAGCCACAGAGGUGCUCUUGACUCUGAGGUGUGUUAUCCUUAUAAUUAUCUUCCUGCAGCCAGCAUGUCUUGCAUUCUUGAUGUAGAAGGGUGGACCAAGCCAAAUAAAAACCUUUUUCCCCUUCCUCAGGAUAUAAGGCUCCUGCUACCUGUGUUAUUUGGCAGGGAGUAUUGAAAGUACUGUACCUGAAUGGAGAAAUGUUUUGAACCAGCAUUAAGAAGGGAAGGAUGCUUUGAAAGACUGUUAAACUUGAGUAACCCUGCAGUUUGGGUUCUGAUUACAGCCCCUGUCAGGUCUGUCAGUCAUUGCAAAAACUUUUUAUAUGUCGUUUGAUUAAAUAAUUGUUGCAGACACUGUC